AUUCAUUCUCUGAGCAUUCUGUAACCGAUGGAAGCAUUCACUGUGUCCGUUUCUUACCCCGCCCUUGUUUUACUGGUUUCGGCUUAACCAGUUUAACCUCCCUCUGUUUACUCUAUAAAACUCACGCCUGCACUACCUGUACGAUCACUUUGCCACUGUGCUGACACAGGUCAGCAUUGUUCUUUGCAGCAUCUAUUUGAAGGGAACAGCGCAAACUUUUACAAAUGUCUUCUGACCAGGACACCUGCUACCUCUGUAAGGAGUACCUCAGAGACCCUGUGUCCAUCCCGUGUGGCCACAUCUUCUGUUCCAUCUGCCUGAAGACAUACUGGGACCAUGCUGACCACACAGGCUCCUACCUCUGCCCUCAAUGCAGGGUCACUUACAACAAGAGGCCAACGCCCAGACGCAUGGGCAGCUCUCGGCAAUCUACCCUCCAACGCAGCUCGGAGUCCUUUCCACCUCCACCUCCAUCUCCUGACUACAACUACGCCGGACCACAAGAUGUAGGCUGUGAUAUCUGCAUUGGCCGGAAACACAGAGCCGUCAAGACCUGCCUGAUGUGCCUGGCCUCCUAUUGUGAGAAGCACCUCAAGCCUCAUUAUGAGUCUGCCACUUUUAAAAGGCACAAGCUGGUGGACGAAAUCGGCCACCUGGAUAGGCAAAUCUGCCCUCAGCAUCAGAAGGGCCUGGAGCUGUUCUGCCGCACUGACCAGAUGUGUAUCUGUGUACUGUGUACGGUGAAAGAGCACAAGGGUCACGACAUGGUGUCGGCUGAGCAGGAGAGAGCUGACGAACAGCAACGGCUGGGUGCCACUCAGGCUGAAAUUCAAGAAAAGAUUCAUGACCGCCUGAAGCAGAUGGAGGAACUAAAACAGGCAGUGGACUCACUCAAGAACUCUGCCCAGAGAGCACUGCAGGAAUGUGAGAAGAUGUUUGGUGACAUGAUGCGCUCGAUUGAGAGGAUGCAGCAAGAGAUGGCCAAGCUGAUUUCCUCCAACAAGAGGGCGGCGCUCAACAACGCAGAGGGACAUAUGGAGCGUCUCAACCACGAGAUCGCCGACCUGAAGAGGAGAGACAGUGAGAUCACCCAGCUGUCCCGCACUGAAGAUCACAUCCACUUCAUCCAGAGUUUCCACAUGCUCAUAGCUCAAACAGACGCAGAGGAGCUGCCCUCUGUAACCGUCAAUCCCUAUUUCACCUUUGGCCCGGUGACGAAAGCUGUGUCAGAGAUGAAACAGCACCUGAAUGAAUUCAGCAAUGACGAACUGGUGAAGGUAGCCAAAACAAUCAACAAAAUGACCUUCUGUGAACUGGAUGAUAUCAAAAAGAAGAAAGCGGUUAAAAGCGAAGAAGCUGCCAUGUACAAAUCUCUCCCCGUCCAGGAACCUCAGCACAGAGACGACUUCCUGAGAUAUGCGUGCCAGCUCACCCUGGACCCAAACACAGCUUACAAACAGCUCUACUUGUCUCGAGGGAAUAGAAAAGCUACCCUUAAGAGAGACCCCCAGUCUUACAGUGACAACCAUGCCAGGUUUGACUCCUUGCCCCAGGUUCUGUGUAGGGAGCCCCUAUCUGGAGGUGCUUACUACUGGGAGGUGGACUGGAGUGGGGAAGGUGCAUCCAUUGGCGUCGCCUACAAAGGCAUCAAGAGACAGGGCUACGGCGAUGGCUGCCGUAUCGGCUACAACCGGAAGUCCUGGAGCCUGUUCUGCUCUGAUUCCAGCUUCUCAGCCCGCCACAGCAAGGAUCAGAUAGAUAUCAACGCUCCCUACUCCUCCCGCAUCGGGGUUUUCUUGGACCACGCUGGGGGCACUCUCUCUUUUUACUCUGUAGGGGAGACCAUGGCUCUUAUUCACCGCUUCAAGGCCUCCUUCAGUGAAGCUGUGUAUCCUGGCUUCUGGGUUUGGUACGAGUCAGCCAUCACCGUCAUCCAGCUGUGAUUACAUGACGUUCAAUGAUGUUUGUACAACAAUUUACAGAAAAUAUUACAGCUCUGUGAUUACAGGCUCUACAAGUGUAUACAUAUAUAUAUUUUUUUUGUUGUUGAAAGAAUAGAUAAGUUGUUUUAUUACCCCAUGAAAUAUAUGGUUAUCUGGGGGCACUGUUUGUAAUGAAUGUGAAUAUGCUUCAAAUCAACAUGUGAAAUGUAAAGGGUUGCAGAGACAAGCAUUUAAACAAUGUUUCCAAACAAUGUAAUCUGUACUUGCCAUGAUCUUUUGUUAUUAUACUUAUUUCUACCAAUAAACAUUUGAUACCUCAUAUUAAA